CGAGAGUCGUGUAAUGUGGAAAAAAAAUCUCUCAAACCCUACACUAUUAUGUGCACACAUCAUUGCGACAUGGAUAGAGAGAGAUAAGGUGGCGGAGGAGACGACGAAGGGAAUCGAAAAUGGAGGCUAGAACGAGCAUUCUCGCUCCUCCCAAUCUCCCACGAGCCCACCUCAGAAACCCUAGCUCCACUUCAGUUCCAAUGAUAAGUGAGCAUGCAAGCCGGAUUGUUACCUCGAUGACAACAUCAUCUCUUGUGCAUCGUCUUCCUGCAUCACUUCUUUCAUUGGAACAACAUCAUGAUCGUAAAGAUUACUACUUAAAGGAAGAAAAGGUUUCCCAGGCAACUCUGGAUAAACAGAAAGUUGGGGAUAGCAAACCUCUUUGUGAAGAAAAUGAAGAGUAUGAAUUUGGCCAAUAUCUGGAAUAUUUUCAACGCCAACUUAUUUCUCGUCCAGGACUCUGGCCACAACCUACAAUAAACAAGGAAAAUACUACUUCAAUCAUGUCUAAAGAGCUGUCUGUACAUCAUAGCAACUCCACUAAAGUGGCUGAAUCUAUACAAUUGGGGAACAGUCCAGAUUCUUUAUCACCAGCUGUUGUUCUGAGUCUUGCCAAGAAAGCCAUGAUGGCCACGAGGAAAGCCACCUUAUUAGCACAGAAAUCCAACAUUUUAUCUGCUGUGCUGGAUGAGCAACAUUUUUCUGGUGUGUCUGACAAAGAAUUUAGUGAGGAGAUUUCAAUCAAGAAAGGAAAAAUUGUUAAAUCAAAACGAUUAUUGGAGAGGAGGUCCAAGAAACGAAAAGCCUCAAAAAGUCCAAGCAGCAUUGGUUAUGAAGUUGCUAGUUUGAAGAGCAUUGACAUAAGCAAGAAGAUUGAUAAGCGUCUUGAUUCCAAUGAUCCUCUUAAGCUGUUCUUGCGGGGGCCGGAGACGAAGCAAUUAUUAACAUUAAAAGAGGAAAAGGACUUGAUUAUUCAGAUACAGGAUGUUAUUAGAUUGGAAGGAGUUAAACAGAGACUUGAGCUUCAGUUUGGUCAUGAACCAACGCUUGCUGAGUGGGCUCGGUCUGUUGGCAUGAGUUGUCAAGUUCUGCAGUCGUGCCUUUGUUCAGGAAGGCGCAGCAGAGAAAAGAUAAUCUAUGCUAACUUCCGUCUUGUGAUACAUGUAGCUAAACAAUAUGAGGGAAAGGGUCUCAGCCUUCAGGAUCUUCUGCAGGAGGGAAGCAGAGGCCUGAUUAAGAGCUUGGAGAAAUUUAAGCCCCAAGCAGGAUGCAGAUUUCCGAGCUAUGCGUACUGGUGGAUACGCCAAUCUAUUAGGAAGGCCAUAUUUCAACAUUCUAGAACAAUUCGGUUGCCGGAGAAUGUAUUCGGACUUCUGAGGAAGGUAAAGGCUGCAAGGAAACUGUAUAUACAAGGAGGAUAUCUGCCAGCAAAUGAAGAGAUAGCUAAAUGUGUCGGAAUCACGUCCCAGAAGCUGGAAAGCCUUCUAUUAAGGGCUAGAAACCCAGUGCCCAUUCGAAAACGUGUCUGGACAGAUCAGGACGUCACUUUGCAGGAGAUCACUGCAGAUCCUGAGGUUGAAAUCCCUGAUCUAAACAUAUCGAAGGCGAUGAUGAGAGAGCAUGUGCGCAACUUCCUCAGAAUUCUCAACCCUAGGGAGAGGAAAAUAAUCCAAUACCGAUUCGGUAUUCAUGACGGUGAGCGGAAAUCUCUCACAGAGAUUGGUCGCAUGUAUGGCCUAUCGAAGGAAAGAGUUAGGCAGCUGGAGAGCCGCGCUUUGGACAAGCUAAAAGAAAGCCUUCCGAGCCAAGGGCUUGAGGCUUAUCUCCACUUGCUAAUCUAAGAGGUCUAGGUACUCUUCACCGUGCGCCCUCUGAAUUUUAUUUUAUUUUAAUUUUUAACUAUAAAUGUUCAUAACAAACUAAUAUUUCUGUAAUUAGCUAAUAUGUACUUCUCUAUUGACUGUAUAUUCAUUCAGU